GCUGCUCAGUGUUGUCAUUUCCAAACAUGUCCAUCACGUUCUAAGUAGAGGAUUUUAUAUUUAUCCUGAGAGUUUAUUCUCUGUCACAAUGAGUAACGUUUGCAGAGAAAUCAUCACUCUUCAGUUGGGACAUUAUUCAAACUUUGUCGGGACUCACUGGUGGAAUUUACAGGAUGCCUCUUUGUCCUACGAUCCAGACACGUCCCUGGGUGAGAUCCAGAGUGAUGUCCUCUUUCGAGAGGGACAGACUCUGGGGGGACACGUCACACACACACCUCGCCUCAUCGCCAUGGAUCUCAAAGGAAGUCUCCGGACUCUACGGCAGGAGGGAAGUCUGUAUGACCCCAGCGAAGAGGCCUCCGCUGUCACAUGGGAGGGAAGCCUCAUGAUGCACGAAGAAACUCCAGCUGAGAAGAACCCUUUUCUAGAAGAUCUGGACAGGCUGGAUAGAGGGCAGACCCUUGCUGAAGAUGAUCUUCACCCCCAACCUCGGCGCUCAGCUGCUGCAGUGAGCCUGGAUGUGAACAGCCAGCUGGCACGGCUCCAGAAGGCCUACCGGCUGGAGGGCAGCGUGAGGGUGUGGUCCGACUUCCUGAGGUUGCACCUGCACCCCCGCAGCAUCUCCGUUAUCCACCAGUUCAACCACGACGGGGAGGCUCACCGUCUGGAGGCGUUCGGCCAGGGAGAGGCCCUCCUGCAGGGGCCCGUGCUGGAGCAGCUGGAGGACAAACUGCACUUCUUCGUAGAGGAGUGUGACUACCUGCAGGGUUUCCAGGUGUUGUGUGACCUGGCGAAUGGCUUUGCAGGCCUGGGGUCAAAGGUCACAGAGAUGCUACAGGACUCCUACGGUGGGAGGGGCAUCCUGACCUGGGGGUUAGCGCCUGUCAGUCACCCGGAUUCAACCCCCAUGAGGGAGCUGUACCACCAGCUGAACUGCACCUUAGGGACGGUGAGCAUGGCCAGCCACAGCUCCUUCUUCUGCCCCCUCACUCUGAGGGGGGGGCUGGGCAGACGGCCCUCUGCUCCCGCUGCGUUCCCCUACCUAAACUAUGAUCCCUCCCUGUGGUACCACUCCUCCUCCGUGCUGGCCCUGGCCCUCGAUGCCCUCACCCUGCCCUACAGGCUGCACAGAGACAGCGUCCCCAUGUGGCAGAUGGCCGACUCCCUGGCCGUCUCUGGCAGGAAGGUGGUGGCUGCUUACGGUGCAGUUCCCUUACCCAUGAUGCAAGGCAGCUCUCUCCCUGACGCCCUGACUGCCUGCACAGAGGCGUUGCCCUGGAAACCUCUAUCAGCUUGCCCUGAACCCGACAACGGGCGAUUAUACGGCCAGUGGGCGACGCUCAAAGGCUACGAGGGACAGAAGCUAACCAGCUCUCUGGCCCCGGGGACCCGGCCCCCCACCCCUCUGCACAGCCUCAACAGAGGGGAGGACGUCCUGGAGUACUACAUCAGAACCUUCUACCCCUCGUCCCCCCUGGCUCUGCAGUUGGUGUCCUCUCCCAGUAAGCUGACACCACCUUUCCCUCGGAUAUUCACCCCGUCCCUCGGUGCCCAGGGCUUCCUACAGAGCCAGCCUCCUCCACGUGGAUCUCCGGCCCCGGUGGUCUCCUCGGCCCCUGUCAUGACGUCCCUCCAGUCCUCCACAUCGCUCGGCUCCUGGCUGGCCGAGAUGCAUCGCGGAGCCAGCACUUUAGACAUCUGCCGCGUGGCCCCCAGCUUCCUCUCCCAGGGGCCCGAAAUGGCCGACUACAGGGAGGCCCUGGAGGAGCUGCGCCUACUGUCCCGGUGUUACCGCGACGACAGCAUGAUACACUCCUCGUCAGAAGAGAGUGAUGAUUACUGAUGCUGGUAGCUUUCUGGUCGUGAUUUGAAUAGACUGCUAAGGCAUCAGCCCGCAUGCACACACACACACAUGCACAGCAAGAAGAGGAGCGGGGCCCCUGGUUUGAUUUAUAUAACAGAAUUAAGUGAAGUGUCAGAUGAGGGAAUAUUAGAAGGUUAGACCUCUACAUGUGAGAAUACAUUGAGGUGAUGAAUGUAGCAUCAUGUGACUGUAUGGACUGUGGUUACAUUUCCCUAAAUUACUGUUUAACUGUAAUUAAAUGUGUUUUUUAUACUAAGUAUACAUAAAAAGAUUGUUUUUUUA